AUGUCACAGCUCCAAUCUCCCAUCAGAAAGACUGGAAAGUUCCUGCCCGCUGACAGCCCUGUCCCUCUCGUUGCAGUGUCCCCCAAGAUAUUCCGGAUCUCCAGCGACAUCGUGGUGAACGAGGGCAGCAACGUCACCCUGGUGUGCCUGGCCACGGGGAAACCAGAGCCCUCCAUCUCCUGGAGACACAUCUCCCCCUCUGCCAAGCCCUUUGAGAGCGGGCAGUACCUGGACAUCUACGGCAUCACCAGGGACCAGGCUGGGGAGUACGAGUGCAGCGCGGAGAACGACGUCUCGGUGCCGGACGUGAGGAAAGUCAAAGUCACAGUCAACUGUAAGUGCUGCCAUUUGUUAUUGCCUCCGUGUGGUGCAGCAGCAGGCUGGAGCUGCUGGCCUGGUCGCAGCAGCUGAGGGGGCUCUGCUCUG